GUUUGUAGCCUUAAAGUGAUCGUAAUAAUGGAGAGACGAAUAAAGCUGAGAACGCUAAACAAGCAUAUCACAUGCGAAAUUUGUAGUGGGUACUUUAUUGAUGCAACAACUGUCACAGAGUGUCUUCAUACGUUUUGCAAAAGUUGCCUCGUCAAGCAUUUAGAAGAAAACAACACCUGUCCUACUUGUGAAAAUGUCAUACAUCAGUCGCAUCCCUUACAAUAUAUCAGUUUCGAUAGGACAAUGCAAGAUAUUGUCUAUAAAUUGGUACCCAAUUUGAUGGAAAAUGAGAUGCAACGAGAAAGAGAGUUUUAUAGAUCCCGUAAUCUUCCUUGCCCUAAAGACAUGCCUCAGCAACAACAAGACAGUGAUGAUAAAGCAAAUGAACUCGCUCAUCAGGAAGCUGAUUAUCAUCGUCAGGAUGAGCAAGUAAAUGUUGGACUGGAGUGUAUCAGUAAUAAUCUGCGGCACCUGAAGCGACGUUUUAUUCGCUGCAGUUCACAGGCUACUAUAACACACCUUAAAAAGUUUCUCGCCAAAAAAGUACUAAGUGGAAUAGAGCGAUAUAAAGACAUUGAUAUAUUGUGCAAUGAUGAACUCUUAGGCAAAGAUCACACGCUCAAAUUCGUAUACAUAACCAGAUGGCGUUUCAAGGAGCCUCCGCUUCGUUUGCAAUAUCGUCCGCGAGUUGAUCUCUGAAUAAUCGCUGUAGCAACUGUUUUGAAUUCACAUUUUUUUGUGAUUUGUGAAAUAUGAAUCAUGAAAAAAGAAAAUAUCAAACAAGUGGAGAUGUAUCAUUCCUUCCUGGUCUGAAAUGCAACAAAGCAUAGCUGGUGAUAUCCCUCAAGCUUCAGAAAGAAAUAUUUGAACUUGAAUGUAAAUUGGAGAGGUGGAAUCUAUUUUUACACAAUGACUACAUCAUUAUAGAAUAUUUGUAUUGUCAAACAAACAAUUUUCCGAUUGAAAUAUAAUAAGUGAAUAAGGUUGUAAAUAGCUAAAGAGCAAGAGUAGGAAAAUAUAUCGAUUAUAUAAUUAUAAAGCAUACAGUUUUGCGUUUUUGUU